GACCAGACGUUUGAAAUUUGUUUAUAUGAGAGAUGUGGCAGAGGGGCUGAAGAUAGCCUAAUGUUUUUAUAAUUUCUGCAACACUAAACUUUUUAAAUCAACAAUUAUGGAAGACCAAAAGGAAAAUGUGAUGGAGAAAUAUGCCUCCAGGAGAAAUAGCCGCAGGUCUUCGAUCCUGAAGGAGUCUCCAGGCAGGAAGCCCCUGGUGGCCAUGGAGAGCAAUCACCAUUCCAGACGCUCUCUCAAGAGGGUUUCCUUUGCUGAUACUAACACAAUAAAAGAAUUUUUGGCCACAAUGGGAGCAAGCACAGAGUGGAACAGCACAUAUGAGGCCCCUGCACCUCAAGACUCCUCUGCCUCCAUGGAUAUCACUACACUUGGUCCUAAGUCUGAUGGGUUGGACAUGACUUUGGUUGCACAAGAUGAGCAGGAUGAUGCUGGCACUGUGGAUCAGAAAAACCUGCAGUUGGAGACUUCAACCUUUCUCAGCCAGUUCUUGAAUAUGAAGCCAAGCUCAUCCUCAGCACCUGAAAUACCAUCUGAGAGGGAAGAACCUUGCUCUCAGUCCAAGGACAACCUGCACAUGGAGACUUCUGCAUUCCUGAAUCAGUUCUUGAACAUGAGUCCUGGUUCAGAAGCAACACAGGAGUCUAGAUCAGGUCCCCAAGAUGACCCUGGGCAGGACAUGUUACUCUCCCAGUCACAAGAUAACCUUUGUACGGAUACUACAACCUUCCUCAGUCAGUUCUUGAACCUGCAACCUGGUUCAUCAACAGAACAGACUGGUCAUCCUAGCACAUUCCAGGCUGCUCUGGCUGUGAAUCCAUCUGUUGCAGGUAAAACUGUGGUCCAGGGACAUAGGCUGCCUCAGGAUGAUGUAACACAGAUCAGUGCAGACAUGGAAAUGACAUGUCCAGCCGGCCAAAUGCCAAAAUUCACAGGGAGUGAUAUGACGCAGAAAAUCAGUGCAGACAUGGAAAUGACAUGUCCAGCCGGCCAAAUGCCAAAAAUCACAGGCAGUGAUAUGACACAGAAGAUCAGUGCAGACAUGGAAAUGACGUGUCCAGCCGGCCAAAUGCCAAAAUUCAUAGGGAGUGAUAUGACACAGAAAAUCACUGCAGACAUGGAAAUGACAUGUCCAGCUGGCCAAAUGCCAAAAUUCACAGGGAGUGAUAUGACGCAGAAAAUCAGUGCAGACAUGGAAAUGACGUGUCCAGCCGGCCAAAUGCCAAAAUUCACAGGCAGUGAUAUGACGCAGAAGAUCAGUGCAGACAUGGAAAUGACGUGUCCAGCCGGCCAAAUGCCAAAAAUCACAGGGAGUUACAUGACACAGAAGUUCACUGCAGACAUAGAAAUGACAUGUCCAGCCGGCCAAAUGCCAAAAUUCACAGGCAGUGACAUGACACAGAAGAUCAGUGCAGACAUGGAAAUGACAUGUCCAGCCGGCCAAAUGCCAAAAAUCACAGGGAGUGACAUGACACAGAAAAUCGCUGCAGACAUGGAAAUGACAUGUCCAGCUGGCCAAAUGCCAAAAUUCACAGGGAGUGACAUGACACAGAAGAUCAGUGCAGACAUGGAAAUGACAUGUCCAGCUGGCCAAAUGCCAAAAUUCACAGGGAGUGACAUGCCACAGAAGAUCAGUGCAGACAUGGAAAUGACAUGUCCAGCCGGCCAAAUGCCAAAAUUCACAGGCAGUGACAUGCCACAGAAGAUCAGUGCAGACAUGGAAAUAACAUGUCCAACCGGCCAAAUGCCAAAAUUCACAGGCAGUGACAUGACACAGAAGAUCAGUGCAGACAUGGAAAUGACAUGUCCAGCCGGCCAAAUGCCAAAAAUCACAGGCAGUGACAUGCCACAGAAGAUCAGUGCAGACAUGGAAAUGACAUGUCCAGCCGGCCAAAUGCCAAAAUUCACAGGCAGUGACAUGCCACAGAAGAUCAGUGCAGACAUGGAAAUGACAUGUCCAGCUGGCCAAAUGCCAAAAUUCACAGGCAGUGACAUGCCACAGAAGAUCAGUGCAGACAUGGAAAUGACAUGUCCAGCCGGCCAAAUGCCAAAAUUCACAGGGAGUGACAUGACACAGAAAAUUACUGCAGACAUGGAAAUGACAUGUCCAGCCGGCCAAAUGCCAAAAUUCACAGGGAGUGACAUGCCACAGAAGAUCAGUGCAGACAUGGAAAUGACAUGUCCAGCCGGCCAAAUGCCAAAAUUCACAGACAGUGACAUGACACAGAAAAUCACUGCAGACAUGGAAAUGACAUGUCCAGCCGGCCAAAUGCCAAAAUUCACAGGGAGUGAUAUGACACAGAAGAUCAGUGCAGACAUGGAAAUGACAUGUCCAGCUGGCCAAAUGCCAAAAUUCACAGGCAGUGACAUGCCACAGAAGAUCACUGCAGACAUGGAAAUGACAUGUCCAGACUAAUGCCAAAAUUCACAGGCAGUGACAUGCCACAGAAGAUCACUGCAGACAUGGAAAUGACAUGUCCAGCUGGUCAAAUGCCAAAAUUCACAGGCAGUGACAUGACACAGAAAA